AUGGACGCUCAGUUCUUCGCCACGUUCUUCAAAGUCGCCUUCCACAUUUCCAUCUUCACCAAUCCAACGAGCGUCGUAACGCCCGCCAAGCACUCAUCCAUCGACUGGGCUCUCGAACCGGUCGAUGAGAACAUGCUGAACGACCAAACCGCGCAAGGCUACGCGCGCCAAGCCGAACUUGUUACGGUUUAUCACGUCGCAUUUGUGCUCCUUGUACAAGCAAUAAUCAUUGCCUUUAUAGGAGAUGCUUAUUAUCGCGGCCGACCUCCACGCUAUUUCACGGCCGCGGAUUGA